AUGUCAGAGCAUAAGCGUCACGUCAAAAGCAUGCUUCUUCGGGAAGCACGUGAGCGCGUUGGGUCGGCCUUCGUCUUGCAAGCGCAACUUUUGUCGCGGUGGGUGCAGUGCUCCGGUGACGGAGUGACGCGCGCCAGGGUGCAGCCGCUUGACACGCGUGCACUCGGGGCACGGCGUCGCAACCGACAGAACGGGACGCACUGUCAUUUCGCUAUACGGAGACUAUACAUGCAAAAGAAGCCGAAGACGAAGGCACGCAGGCGGUCGGCACCUGCCGGGCGUGUGAAGGACGGUACCGAGGCGGACGGCGCACCGCAAUGGACCAGCCCGCCGGAGGCACUGGAGCACACAAGCUCAGCGCUGCCUCUGGUUGUUGCAGAGCGAAUGCAGCGCAGAAUGGUGGUGUUUGCGGGUGUUCCCUUCUUACUCGGAUUGAGCGCUUUCGGAGUCUUUUUCUUUCUCAAGUACCGUUACGAUGUUGUCGUGAUUCCACCUGUGGUUGGGUACGCGACCCUGGGCCUCUUCGGAGUAUCGCUAUUCGGUUUAACCUAUGGAAUCAUGAGUGCCUCGUGGGACGCGGGCCGCAGGGGUUCCCUCCUCGGCUGGGACGAGGCUCAAAGAAACUUGCUGAACACGAUCGAUGCUUUCUGGCGGGCACGCAGCCGGGAACGCCUCGACGAUCUGGACAGCACGAAAGACGAUGCGCACACUGAGCGCCCGCGACGUAAGCCUUGA